AUGAAUGGCUAUCCUUCAAGGAUAUGUUUAUCGAAGUGUGCCGUACUGUACGACAGCAAAUACAGGACGCCAUCUUGUCUCAUCCAUGCUACUGCUACAACCCGCCAUGCCACAGGACUAUGCCAGGAGGGCGCCGAGGCCACUGAGUUCGGUAGCUUUACGUUUGGAGGAGAGCCUCCUGAAGCGGUCUCCGGCCCUGAAGACGCCUCCUCUGUCGCGAGCACAAGCACUGCAGCAUUGGAUGUGUCGGGCGAGCUCGUGUUCAUAGACACCCAACAGCAAUAUUCAGCUCAAUGGGCCAUCCGCACGGGCAACGGUUUGCUGACACCUAUCGCACUCGGAUACGAGCCCCCCAAGACAGAUGAACUUGGACAGGCCCUGGCGCCCGGAGCACUGGUGACUAUUUCCUGCAGCAUGGACCCCCUAGGAACCUGCAACCCCGGGCCAGGCUCCCAGACAGCCGUCUUGUCGGCCGAAUCUGCCUUUUUGGCGGACACUCGAGAGACACACCAGCGGAUGCUCGUCAUAAUUCUAGACUACUCCGCCUGCGGUGCACCCGCCGCUGUUAACGGAACAGCUGUGCGCUCAAUCUUCCUAGGACCCAAUGGUGAUGGCAGUGGCGGUGUUGCGGAGAAAUACAGGCAGUGCUCACAUGGCAAGCUCACCAUGAACACCACAGCGUUCACCGUGAUAACAGUGAAGGCUGCCUGUUCGGAUGGGGUGGUGCAGUCAUGCAGCUAUACAUUUGCUUCCAUUACAGCUGACGCCAUGGCGAAGGGGGUUUUAGGUCAGAAGGCAUUUUCAGAGUUUACCCGCAUUGUAUACGUGAUCCCUCCCCGAGUACCUUGCGCGUUUUCGGGUAUAGCGCUUUUACCCGGGAACAGGGUUUGGCUAACGUCCGGACGCAUUGGCGGUGUGUACAACUGGACCUCAAUUAUGCAAGAAGUACUCCAUGGCUACGGGCUUCAACACGCAUGGCAGAAUGGCAUGGAGUACGAUGAUUAUUCCACCUUCAUGGGCCGAGGAGAUGUCUGCCUGACUGCUCCUGAGUUGGCCUACCUGGGCUGGGCCACACCCGCGCCAGGAGGUGACCGCAUCGAUUCCUCACGACUGCGAGUACGAACCACCCUCAGCUUCAGCCUGCCCGCCACCUACCUAUCCCCCGAUGGCAACUACCUCCGGGUCGUCCCCGACUGGCUGCCGUCGUACAGCGAGCCCACCGUAGGCAAGAACCUGUACAUCGCCGUACGAGUCAACAAGGGCGGGGAUGCUUUACUGGGAACGUUCUACGCAAACAAAGUGAAUAUUCAUGAACUCAACGCCUCUCUGGACAAUAAUCCAUUGGCGCAGCCAUACACGAACCGUCAAACUACAUGCGUCACCGCCAUUCAACCUCGUAGCCAAACAAAUUUGACCGCCUACAAUCUCGUGGUAUACAGCGGUUUUUGGGUCGGUGGCAAGGACAUCCUCAGAGUUCACCUGUGCCGAUACGAUUCCACUCCUGACGAGUGCCCCUCCCUGAAGUCUCUGGAGCCGCCGCUCCCUCCAGCACCCCCUAGGCCGCCACCACCACCCCCGAAACCCCCAAGCCCAACCCCGCGACUGCCGUCCAGCCCCCGGCUGCCGCCCAGCCCCCGGCUGCCGUCCAGCCCUCGGCCGCAGGCCAGCCCUCGGCCGCAGCCCAGCAAGACCAGCCUCAAGUCUCCUCCACCACCGCGCAAAUAA